AUGUCGUCUACACACAAGAGCAACCCAACGCACGGCCAAAAAGUCUCCACCGACCCCUCCGGCCGCCGCUCUCCGAAAUACGAGCACAGCGGUCCCGUUGCUAAGGACUCACUCGCCGCCGAUUCUCUCCGCGCGGGUGGCUCCUUCUCCGCUGGCGGCCCCACGGGGAUCUCUGGCUCCUCGGGUUCAGGAAGCACAUUUGCUGCUGACCCAAGAGAAGGCGGCGGGAAUAUCAGGACGCUGCAUGGCGGGAAGGAGGACCUCGAGGAAGGUCUGGGUCAUGCGGAUAGGCAGGUGAAGGAAAAGACGAAGGAGAGCGGUGACUUCUCGGGGAGUGGGAGUAGGGGCGCGUUUAACGUGUCAGCGGGAGAGCUUGAAAGUUUGAAUGCCGAGGGCGGCAGGAUCGGAGCGUCUAGUGGUGGAGGAGGAUUGGGGCCGUCAAAGUAUUCGGGUGGUGAUAGUAUCGCCGAAGAGGGACGUGGAUCUAGGCAGACUGCUGGGUCGACUACUACCACUACGAGUGGUGGACGUGAUAAGCCCAUCAAGAAGGUCCCGAAAACCACACGAAAUGAAGAGAUACUAGAGCCAGGACUGGAUUGGUCGGAGGUGCCGAAGGACAUUGAAACAUUGCCCGAGAUCGGUAGUCCCGAGGACCCAGGCCGUGUCGGGGAGAUUCAUCUGCUUUUGCGGAAGGCAAGGAGGGAUUUUGCUCUGGCCACAGGGAUCCCUAAAGGUGGUGACAGUGAGAACCCGUAUGAAGCGUUGAGUGAUAGUGAGAGCGCUCCUGAGACGGAGAAUCCUAGCAGGGCUUGA